AUGGUAUUGUUUUCUGGUCUUCUCGUUCUUACUCUGUGGGUGGUGGACGGGGGAGCGGAUAACCUCACGACGAGACUUCGCUCAGGUAAUGUGACUGAGACUGAGUCCCCUCCGCACCGGAAAGCAACAGGUGGCGGAGCUGAAUCGGUUAUACUGGUCACAACGAGACCAAGUGUGCCGCUGCCUGAGCCGAGUGUGAGUGCGAGUGUGACCAGUGGCGAGGGGACGACGACUGCAAAAAACACCGGCUUCCGUCCUCGGCCAGACAUUAGCAAAGGUCCCCCGCAUCAAUGGACCAAUACAACAACAUGGGCCACCACAACGAGUGGCAGCGCCGAACCGACCUCGAUUCUCCCUGAUCCGCCAUAUACGAGCACGCGCCAACCAUUCCACGCCAAGUGCCCCCCGACCGAGCACUACGUCGCUGAGUUUGAUGCCACCAUCACUCUGUCUGACUGUCAUGGUCCAACCAAUCUCGAAUGGGGCUGUGCCGCAACCACCACGGUAGCCAUAGCAGCGCCCACUGACAAGACGGUUUCGCUGGGGUGUACCGCAUUUACAGGGACGGGCGAAGCGCUGCCAACUUACACGGACUGGCCUCCUGGAGAAAUUGAAUUCGAAGAGGAUGACAGGUCGUCAGAAGACGGACACACUGCCUGUAAUCUAUGGUUUCUCAAUGGUCGAGUCAAGAUCCGCGGUAUACACUGGAAGUUUCCCGGCGGUAUUGUGCUGCCUCCUGGUCCACCGCCCAACAUCAAGCUUCCUCCAGGAAUUACCAUCCCUGGCGGCAAAUUACCCGGUCCUUGGCCACCGGUCACGCUGGGAAGGGAUGGCAAGAUCACAUAUCCCACGAAUGAGCCCACAGAAUGCAAGACCAAGUCCGCAGAGAUUUGCUCAACGACUGAAUCCAUCAUCAUCACGACCACGGCCAACCAGCAACCUCUCACCACCACUUCGACCGUCUCUUCGUGCCAAACAAUUCACGGCUGUCAUGUGGAGGAUGAUGACAGCACCACUACAAAGCAAUGUACCGGCGGCUCAACAACUACCUUAGGUCGUCGAGCGAUACCAGCGGCAACUGCUACGGCACAAGUACCCUUCUCCGUGCUACCAGAGUCAAACCUCCACCUCGGUAGCAGAUACGAGUGUCCUGCUGUUGUGGUGGAUGACUAUAUCAUCUACCCAACAGAUCCUGACAAUGUCCGAUAUCUUGUUGACUACCUUAAAAACACCCCAUCACAGUUGGACAACUCAGUCAAGCUCUGGGAGAAGGCCACGCAAGUCCAUGGAGGCGCAUUCACAGCGUUUUUCUACAUCGAUGAACUGACCAACAUGGAAGCACAGCACAUGAAGUCACUAACGUCUCUAGGGGUCGGUGACUUUUAUGCUAUUGUGGACACCAACAAUGCUGCUGGCUUCACCGGCUCCGGAUCUAACGAGGAUAUAAGACCGCCGGAUCGUGGUCCUUGGGAGCUCUCACAAAUCUCAACCCCCCCUGGGGGAAAAUGGUCCGACGCAUGGGAUAACAAGAACAAUCCGCAGAGGUUUGACUAUGAUGCGGGUGGUCCACUAGGUCGAGGACAGACCAUCUAUCUGGUUGAGGACGACGUCGACCAACGUGCUUUCGAACUCUCAAGUGCCAAAAUACGGUACAUAGACGCUCAAAACUUCCCUCCAAAGCACACAGGUGACCGGUUACUUCGACACGGCACGCAGGUUGGCAGCAUCAUUGUGGGCAAGACGUUGGGUCUGGCGAGGAAUGCAGAGCUCGUCGUAGUGCGCAACUCCAAUAGCUCGCCCAGAGAUCCGAACAUGCACAUCCAUGAUCGGUACUUGGCAAGUCUGGUCGCCAUUCUUGAUGAGAUUGUAUCACUGAGUCCGGCCCAGCUGGCCAAGGUGGUGAUCAAUAUGAGUUUUGGCUGGGAGGAGCGGCAAGUUGAAGAGUACAUGAAAAAGCAGCACUUUGCUAUUCUUUUCUUUGACAAGUUUGGCGUGGCCAUGGUCGCGGCGACACACAAUAAAAAUAAUCAGGGCCCUAUAUACCGCCAAAAGAUAAACGGCUGGCCGAGUCGAUUCGCGGAUCCCAAUGCGCCGCCCCACGAAAAGCUAGAAAACUUGAUUGUCGUGAGUGGCAUCGACAUCAACUCGGUGGUGUCUCCCCUGAACCCGUACAUGAACUGGAUUGCCAUGGCACCUGGAUUCGGAGUUCAUGUUGCCAACGAAGAGUCGAAAACGCUAUCUCUCGCUGAUGGCGCGUCUCUAGCCGCUCCUCACAUCACUGCCCUGAUUGCAUACUGGCGAAGCCUGAACCUGGCUGGCUCCUGGGGUAGCGAGCUCGAAAGGCCAGUCAAUGUGAAAAAGCUCGUCAUGUACAUGCAUCGGUCGCUGGAGUACCGCCGACUUCGAAUCCCCGAUUUACCCGAGGAGAAUCCCAACAAGAUGAGAGUGCCCUUUAUCUGGACGGGUAGCGUGAAAGGAGGAGGGAAUUGCUUGGUUCAGCCCACUCUUGAAGGUUGCCCGCCUGAGCUGAAGGCCAGGUCCAAAAUUGCCGAUUUGAAGCCUCGUGGAGCAGACUGCGCUGGUACUUCGGGAUCUACUCGGAAACGUCAAGGUGACGACUCAUGUCCACUAGUUAGAAGACCAGGCAGCCCGUCCGGCGGAGACGAUGGCGAUACCCUGACCUUCAAGCCGACCAGCACUUCCUCCACCAGCACUUCCUCCACCAGCAUUUCCACUACCAGCACUUCCUCCGCCACUACUUCCUCCGCCACUACUUGGUCAACCGGCAGGGCAGAACCAACAUCAGAUCCUACCCCCUACUAUGACUGCAAGGGAGACGCCUUAUGCUCGACGCUCAAUGUCAAGUUUUGCGACUUGGCCGUGAACAACAUGGAACGCGGGAACAAGAUAUACAUGGCCAGCUCUGGAACGAUUGCCGGGCGUGGAAAUUGCUGGGCAAGCCGGUUCGGCUACGGCUGCAGUGUUCAGAUCCGCGGCAAGGAUGGCAACGGCAAGGACUGCAAGAUAAGCGGUGACAAGAUAUGGGACGCGUACCAGGACAUUCGCAAGGCUGGAGAUUGCCGCAGGUGCGGCUCCAAACAUUUUGGCAACGGGUGCCUCGUGUCCAUCGAUUAUGCUGGCAGCUGCAGCAACAGAAUCGGCGGAGUCAACUAA